ACCCGCCCAGCACCGCGCCUUGUUCUGCCACUAUUUGGUAAAAGAAGAAGAACGCGUGCAUCUCCAACAACAGAGGAAGAAGAAGAAGACACUAAGCUCGGCAUGAGCUCGAGAUUUGAAACACUUUAUUCCGCUACAACAAUGUACAUAUAUUUCAGCAUCCGGCAGCAACUUUAAUUUUCCCUUCAAGCCUCGCGGAGAAGAUGCCGACAAGCUCGCAGCUUUUGAAUACAGUAGUUCUCCAUAAGCUGCUGACUAUAACCAAGUGAACUUACAGUGCUCGGGUAACAACAAAGAGACAAUAGCUACACACUGCAGGUCGUUGUGCUUAAAGUGUUGUUCUCUCUAUAUUAGUGGACCAACAAUAAAAUAUUGACAUGACGGGGACAGCUUCUAAAGAGAAAGCUGCAAGCUUCAAGAAGAGAAGUGAGGAGUACGAACAGUUGACCAGCAUGAUGGUAGUCAUGAACAACCUGAGGAAACAGGGGACACUGUGUGACGUGACCCUCGUGGUUCAGGGGAAACACUUCCCUGCCCACAGAGUGGUGCUUGCAGCUGCCAGUCACUUCUUCUGCCUCAUGUUCACCACAAGAAUGAUGGAGUCGCAGUCCCACGAGGUGGAGCUUAGGACUGCUGAGCCUGAGAUUAUUGAGCUGCUUAUUGAAUUUAUAUACACUGCCAGAAUCUCCGUGAACAGCAGUAACGCCCAGUCGUUGCUCAAUGCAGCCAACCAGUAUCAGAUUGAGCCAGUGAAGAUAAUGUGUGUGGAGUUCCUGACAGGACAGAUUGAUCCCACAAACUGCCUGGGCAUCUCAGUCCUUGCAGACUGUAUGGACUGUCCAGAGUUGAAGUUAGCAUCAGAGGACUUCUUCCAGCUUCAUUUUACUGAAGUCUACAAACUGGAUGAAUUCUUGCAACUUGAUGUUGCGCAGCUCACAUAUCUGCUGCAUCAAGACAAACUCACUGUCCGUUCUGAGGCCCAGAUUUAUGAUGCAGCAGUGCGCUGGCUGAAGUAUGACGUGUGCAACAGAAAGCAGUACAUGGUGGAGGUAUUGGAGUGCGUUCGCUUCCCACUGGUUUCCAAGACAUUCCUCUCAAAAACUGUCCAGGCUGAGCCACUUAUCCAGGACAACCCGUUGUGCCUCAAGAUGGUCAUCAGUGGGAUGCGCUACCACUUGCUGUCCCUGGAGGACCAGGAAGACCUCGGAGAGAGCAGCCGGCCACGACGCAAGAAGCACGACUAUCGCAUUGCCUUGUUUGGAGGCUCUCAGCCACAGUCCUGCCGCUACUUCAACCCAAAGACCUCCAGCUGGACAGACAUCCGUUGCCCCUUUGAGAAGCGCCGGGAUGCCACCGUUGUCUUCUGGGACAAUGUGGUCUACAUCCUGGGGGGCUCGCAGCUCUUUCCCAUCAAACGCAUGGACUGCUACAACGUCCUGAAGGACAGUUGGUACUCCAGGCUGGGUCCGUCCACGCCUCGCGACAGCCUGGCCGCCUGCGCUUUCCAAGGCAAAAUCUACACAUCCGGGGGAUCAGAAGUGGGUAGCUCGGCCCUGGACCUUUUUGAAUGUUAUGACACCAGAACAGAGUCAUGGCAGUUGAAACCCAGCAUGCUGUUGGCUCGCUGCAGUCACGGUUCAGUGGAAGCAAAUGGACUCAUUUAUGUUUGUGGAGGAACAGUGGGCAACAAUAUCUCUGGGAGGGUCCUCAACAACUGUGAGGUGUUUGACCCCAGCACACAACAAUGGAGAGAGCUGAGUGGGAUGAGAGAGGCCAGGAAGAACCAUGGACUGGUAGUCGUCAAUAACAAGAUUUAUGCUAUUGGAGGACAGGGGGUAGGAGGGCUGGAUUCAGUGGAAUACUACAACAUAGCGAGUAACGAGUGGCGUACUGCUUCGCCAAUGCCGUGGAAGGGUGUGACAGUGAAGUGUGCAGCCGUUGGCGACAUCAUCUACGUGCUGGCAGGGUUUCAAGGUGUGGGGCGACUCGGGCAUGUUCUGGAGUACCACACUGAAACUGACAGGUGGAUGACGUGCAAAGAAGUGCGAGCGUUUCCUGUCACCAGUUGCCUGAUCUGCGUGGUCGACAUUUGUGGGGUCAAUGAAGACGAGGACAUGGACCUCAUAGACCCUCAGCUGCACAGUGAACCUGCAGCUUCCUCAUCGGCUCCGGCUUCAUCAUAGCCUCAUUGUAAAGGAGGCAGACUGACCUUUAUUAAGCUGGGAUUCACCAUGUUUUUAAGCUGAUGUAUUUUUAAUUUUUUUUUUGGCAGUUUCAAUAGCUACCAAGCUGCUUUCCAUGAGGCUGAAUUUUUAUUUUCAACUCGUGCCUAUAUAGCUCAUUCUUCAUUGGGAGUUUUAGUUUGAAUCCUACACAAACUGUUUACGCCAGUUACGUUUAUAUAUUUUGUUUUGGCUUGUUACAAACUCGUAUUGUUUUCUUUUUAAAUGCCAGUGAACGUUUCUACAAAUUUGUGUUUUAAAAGAUUAAUCACCAUCAUCAAUGCACUAUUUGAUAAUGUGUAAAUAAUGUGUGGUGCCUUUUUAAAAAAAAAAAAAAUACAUGUAAAUAUUUCAACAUGUAAAA